CAUUUUUUUAAAAGUCUCCUGGAGGACUUCAGGAUGCUGUCAUUGAGGACCAGACAGGACUUAAAGUUUCGAUUAUUUUAAUGAACAGCAUAUACAAUCAAAAGAAUUCAACAAAAUGAGUCAAAACUCACCAAAAUGUAUUCCGGACCGGUGCGUUCACAAACAGGAAGUGCUGGUCUCCAGCCAGGAAGUGUUGGUGGUGAUGGGGUGCAAGUACCUGAAGAGCGACUGGUGCAAGACCCAGCCACUGCGGCAGACGGUCAGUCAGGAGGACUGCAGGAGCCGAACGGUCAUCAACUGCUUCUGCUACGGCCAGUGCAACUUCUUCUUCAUCCCUCGACACGUCAAGAAGGAGCAGGAGUCGUUCCAGUCAUGUGCCUUCUGCCGGCCGAACCGCUUCACCAGCCUCACCGUGGAGCUCGACUGCUACCGCAAGAUCCAGAGCGUCAAGCAGUGCCACUGCAUGUCCGUCAGCGUGUCCAAGUCUGGAAACAGUGAGAGGACGAUGCGUAGACACCUGCUGCUAAUCUGA